GUACAGAGCAUAGAAGAGACGAGACCUUUUUGAGCUGGAACAUAUUAUAGAGAAAUACAAGCCGGCCACUUAAAAAAAUCUCUGAAAAAAAAUUUAAAAAAAAAAAAAAAAAAAAAAAAAAUAAACUUAUCCAAAUCUUGCAGCAUGUCAACAACAAAACAAACGUAACAAAAACAUAGGUACUUAAAUAUGGAUAUGGACAUGGCCUAAAAAGACCUAAGGCCAAACAAAAGCUUACAUACAAACAAAAAAAAAGGCAAAACAGACAACAGAAAAAAAACCUUUCAACCCCAUAAUCGUUUAAAACAAUUUCCAAAAUUACAUCUCAAAUAGCGAAAAACAAAAGAAGUAGAACAAAGCAAACAAAGGAUUUUGAAGCAACGCAGCUUUAAGUACUUCUCUUCAUAUAUAUUUUUAAAGUCUACCAAGAUGGCCAACUUUAUGACCCAGACUGAUUUAAAUGAGGCCUCCAAAUUGCAAAAGCGCCAGCAAUUCGAAGAGGAACGCAAAAAACGCAUCUUCAAUGCCAAGCAAAGGACUUUUGGGCUUGAUAUUGAUACCCUGGAGCGCCAAAUUGCCGAGCGCAAUAAAAUUCGCCAAACGGAAGCGGAACAGCAUCGGCGUUAUGAACACCAAACGGAUAUGAUGCAAAAGGUUAUUCAUGCCAAGGAAUUGGAAUUGGCAAAACGUAGGCGCGCAGUAGAAAAUGAUCUCAACUAUUAUCGCUGCCGUUUUCAAAACAAACAACAAAGUCGUGAAUUCGAUCUUAAUGACCCCGAAAGUAUUAAGAAGUCAAAACCUGCACGCAUUGCGGAUGAUGACAUCAACUUGGGCAUAUCCAGUGCCCAGAUAUUUAUAGGUGAGGAUUUGGGGCAUAGUGAACGCCAACGGCGACAACGUGAACAGCAAAGAGCCUGGUUGGAUCAACAGAUUAAAGAAAGGAAACAGGCCGAAAAUGCUCGCUUGCAGGCAGAUCGUGUCAUCUAUGAAUCCAUAAAUGCGCGUGAUCAACGCCUUGAAGAUAUGGCCAAUUCGGAACGUAAGGUACGCCAUCAAGUUCUAGACUCCAUACAACAGUUUAAUUGUGAAUUGGCCCGUCGCAAGCGUGAGGAACGUUUGCGCAAACAAAAAGAGAAGGUCGAAGAUGAUAUGGCCGAAAUCUACAAUAUGCUGUCCAGUGAUAUGCUCACAGAAAAUCCCAAUGUGGCCCAGUCGCGUACAAAUCCCAAUAAGAAGAUUGCCUUCAUGUAUCGUGGCAUGUCACCUCAAGAGUUGGCGAAUUUCCGCCAAGCCCAACAUCAACAAAUGUUGGAUCGCAAGAAACAGGAAACCGAAAAACAGUUAAUGGAUAAACAAUGGGAACAAUAUGCCUUGAAUAUGGAUCGCGAGUUACAUCUAAAGGAUCGAGAAAUGGAACGCAAGCGUCAACGUGAAUAUGAGAAAUUAUUAGAGGAGAAUGACAAAUUGGCGCAGGAGCAGAAAAUGCAAAAGGAUCAUGACAAGGUGUUGCAUGUGAAUCGAGUAACGCCAGAGUUCUUUGAUAAAUUCAAUACCACAACACGUUAGAAUGGGAAACGAGAGUCCAAGAGGGGGAGAGAGA